GCUCUUUCCUGCAAAGUAACCCUAAAUCCAAGAGCCGGCGGGAUUAAGGGAUCAGAGGGCUCGCCCUCCUAUCCUGCUGAGGGAAAGGGCGGGAGGGAGGAGGAGGAGUUUAACCUCGCUUUUAUAAAGGAGCCUCUGCCCUCCCGCGGCGUGGUUCCUGCUCCCAGGUGUGCAGUCUACCUGUGCCGCUUCUCUGCGUUGUGCUCUAGGUGGUUGCUUCCCCUCCCCCCUGGCCCAUGGCUUCGGUGACCAGGACUGUGUUUGGGCACCUGCCCGGUGGAGAAGGGAUUGUAGAGAAGUUCCACCUGCAGUCAGACCAACUGAGGGUGGAGAUUAUCACCCUGGGCUGCACCAUCACCGCUUUGGAGGCGAAGGACAGGGAUGGGAGAUUCUCAGAUGUGGUGCUGGGCUUUCCCGAGCUGGAAGGGUAUCUCAAGAAGCAUCCAUACUUUGGAGCAGUAGUUGGACGGGUGGCUAACCGAAUUGCCAAGGGGACAUUCGCCAUGGAUGGGAAACAAUACAAGUUGGCCAUUAAUAAUGGGCCUAAUAGCCUGCAUGGAGGACUCAAAGGCUUUGACAAGGUCCUUUGGACCCCUCAAGUGCUCCCAAAUGGUGUUCAGUUCUCCCGAAUCAGUCCAGAUGGUGAGGAAGGCUACCCUGGAGAGUUGAAAGUUUGGGUCACGUACACGAUCGAUGGGGGGCAGUUAAUUGUGAAUUACAAAGCCCAGACCAGCAGCACCACACCGAUCAGUUUGACCAACCAUUCAUAUUUCAACCUAGCGGGCCAGGGUUCUCCAAAUAUAUAUGAUCACGAAGUCUGUAUAAAUGCUGAAGCUUUUCUGCCUGUUGAUGACAACCUGAUCACCACUGGAAAAGUGGAAUCUGUGCAGGGGACUGCAUUUGAUCUGAGGAAGCCAGUAGAACUUGGAAAGCACAUAGAGAAGUUCCACAUCAAUGGUUUUGACCACAACUUCUGUCUGAAGAAUACACAAGAGAAGCAGUUUUGUGCAAGCGUCUAUCAUUCCCCCAGUGGACGGAAGCUAGAAGUAUACACAACCCAGCCUGGGGUUCAGUUUUACACAGCCAAUUUCCUGGAUGGAACACUGAAGGGAAAGGGGGGUGCUGUGUACCCCAAACACUCAGGUUUUUGCCUUGAGACCCAGAACUGGCCAGAUGCAGUCAACAAGCCACAUUUUCCUCGUGUACUGCUUCAUCCAGGUGAAGAGUAUAACCACACUACCUGGCUCAGUUUUUCUGUGGUAUAAGGAGGUUCACAUUGGUCCUACCAGAUGAAGAACACAAACAAUAGAAAUCCAUCUAAAACCUCUUUGCUGACUGAGGUCCUUGGUUUCCCCUUCAUAAAAGGGGGAGAAGUAUAUUUUAAGGAGCUAAAAGUAAUCAACUGGGUUGAAGUGAUCAAAGUGAUAGAUGUUAGAUUAAUUAGUCAGAUUCUGAAAUACUGGUGAUCUUCUAAAAUGACUAACUCCAGGCUGUGGUUAAAGGUCAGCUUUGUUCCCCAUGUUUAUGAAAGCAGCAAGAAAUAAUAAGGAAAACCACUGCAAUCCAAAAUCUCUUCCCCAGAUUAGGUGGAAGUAACUGGGGGCUUUAGUCCUCUGAGGGCCAGGGACAGCUGAGGCAAUUGUUGGUGGCCCAUCACCAUUUAAUCUUGUCUUUGUAUUUCUUUCUUUUCCUUUCUCUUCUCCUUUCCCUUUCUCUCCCUUUUUUUCUCUUCUCCUCUCCCUAUGCCUAAGGGCAUUACUUUGUUUCUGAUUCCUCCCCACCCCUCCACUUUCCCUUCAUAAAAAUUGCUCCCAAGUAGCAAAGAGAUCUGAGCAAGAGACACGAAGUCCUUGUACUUCGUAUUAUUUGCCUUUAAUAUGAUGGGGAUAAUUGGUUUAACCCAACCCCCUAAGGCCAGCAAAACUUGAAAUUGUGUAGCAUCUUCCUCUGCAGUCCACUUCAGUAAGAGUGAAGUAAACUAAACUCAACUAAAAACUUAAUGGAGAUGACUUGUUGGGAGUAGACUAGGAUAUUGGGUGCUUACCUGUUAGUCUAACUGCUAGAAACCUUAUUUUCUAGAACAAUAGAAUUGCCAGUAUUUGUAUUGUGUUGAUCUUUAGAAUAACAGACAUACAAGAUGACUUUGUUAUGCACUCAUGCUCUUUCUGAAUAAAAUAAAAUUCUUCUCGUUGAAAA